GAGUCAAAGAAUCCAUCCGAUUGAGAGAAGAGAGAGAGAGACGAAAAAAAAAAAAAAAAAAAAAUCACAAAACCUUUCUCUCAUUUUCCCAUCACUUUCUCGGAAGGAAUCGUCGUUUCUCUCUUGCCAUCAUCCUCCUCACGAACAAUCGAGAAAGAGUCAUCCUGCCACGGAUAACUACUAAUCCCAAACUACCAUUACCUUCUCUCGAUAAGUUGACCCCGACGAAUCCAAACACACCUCUGAUUCCCUCUGCGAUUCUCACUGUUUGCUCUAAUCAAAAUCGAUUUUACUAAUCCUACAGUAGAACGAAAUGGCUAGCCAAGGCGGGUCUUCAAGACGGAGCUUAUCCGUAACGACUUCGUCUUUGCACGGGAAGAAGAAAUCCAUGGAACUCGGCGAACGAGGCCUCGACACUGGCCGGAGAUCUCUAACCGUUUCGCGUUCUCCGUUGGGUUUAACGGGAGGAGAGCGAACUGUUAAGCGUUUAAGGCUAUCGAAAGCCAUUACAGUUCCAGCAACGACUAGUAUCUAUGAUGCUUGUAAAAACAUGGCUUCGCGGAAAGUUGAUGCCUUGUUGUUGACUGAUUCUAAUGAAAUGCUUUGUGGGAUUCUUACUGACAGGGACAUAGCCACAAGGGUGAUAUCGCAGGAAGUUAAUGUGGAGGAAACACCUGUGUCCAAGGUUAUGACUAGGAACCCGUUGUUUGUUCUUUCUGAGACACUUGCUGUUGAUGCUCUUCAGAAGAUGGUCCUAGGAAAAUUCAGACAUCUGCCUGUUGUUGAAAAUGGAGAAGUGAUUGCUCUGCUAGAUAUAGCAAAGUGUCUGUAUGAUGCGAUUGCUCGUAUGGAGAGGGCAGCUGAGAAAGGUAAGGCUAUAGCUGCUGCUGUAGAAGGUGUUGAAAGAAGUUGGGGAACAAACACUUCAGUUCACAACACUUUCAUUGAAACGCUACGAGACCGGAUGUUUAGACCUUCUUUAUCAACAAUUAUACCGGAUGAUUCAAAGGUUUUGAAAGUCUCACCAGCCGAUACAGUGUUAACUGUAGCAAAGAAGAUGGUUGAACUUCAAUCAAGCUGUGCAGUCGUGAUGAUCGAGGACAAGCUUGGAGGGAUAUUUACUUCCAAGGAUAUACUGAUGAGGGUUGUGGCUGAAAAUCUUCCUCCAUCUGAGACCACAAUGGAACAAGUUAUGACUCAGAAUCCAGAAUCUACGUCAGUUGACACACCAAUCGUUGAAGCACUGCACAUCAUGCACGAGGGGAAAUUUCUACACCUUCCUGUUACGGACAAAGAAGGAGAUGUAGUUGCAGUUGUUGAUGUAAUCCAUGUAACUCACGCUGCUGUCGCCACAGCUGGAACUACUGCGGGAAUAGGUAACGAGGCGACAAACACAAUGAUGCAAAAGUUUUGGGAUUCAGCAAUGGCAUUGUCUCCUAAUGAGGAAGACGAGGACACGAGAAGUGAAAGCUCUUUGAAAGUUGCUUCUGAAGCUGAGACAGGAAAAUCCUUACCUUUGCCAAAUACAUUUUCUUUCAAGAUCGAAGACAAGAAGCACAGAAUGCACAGAUUCAUAAGUGACACUCGUAGUUUGACAGAAGUGGUAACCGCUAUACUUCAAAGACUAGGGGAUGAUAUCGAUCCAGACCACAACAUACCCCAAAUUUUUUAUGAAGACGAAGACCACGAUAAAGUGUUGUUGGCUUCAGAUAGUGACCUUCAAGCAGCCAUAGACCAUGCAAAAUCAAUCGGCUGGAAGAGUCUGAGAUUACAUUUAGAUGAUUCAAGAAAAGGCAAAGGACGAAGAAGAAGAGCGAUAGUGUCAGCAGAAGCAAUGGAGUAUGUUGAGAGAGACGGUUGGGGUGCUACUUACAGUGGAGUAGCGGCUGGUGCAGCAUUAGUAGCUGGUCUUGGUUUUAUGGCUUAUCUCAAGAGAGCCGGACAGUGACUCCUCAAAGAGACGAUCAAGUUCUCUUACAGAUCGAUACAAAGAAACAAAAAAAGUGUGAUGCAACCGAAAACAGAGGUUUGAAGAUUUUGUCUGAAAUAUUUAUAUAUACAAAUUCAUGUUUCAAGUGAGGAGUUCAAGAACAAAGGCUUAGCACCUUGUCCUAACUGCUCACACCAUUGUCAAAUAAGAGAGAAAAAAAAACUCAAACAGAACAAGGGCUUUGCCAUGUGGAGAUAUCUGCUAUAAGUUCUCGAAACUUGUCGAUAAGUUCUUUUACAUGAACA